AUGGACGCCGUGCUGAUCAUCCCGAACCGCGUCUGCAUGGUCUGCUUCGACGCGCGCUCGAGCGCAGGCAACGCGCUCUUGUGCUGCAACGUCCCGAGCUGCCACAUGCGCGUGCACGAGGCCUGCUACGCCGCGGAUGCCAAGACGCUCGCACCAAGCGCGGUCCGGGCGCAGUGGUCCUGCGACGUCUGCACGCUCGAGAAGGCGCGCAACGAGCUCACGCCCAACGCCGCCCGCGUCUGCGUCAUCUGCAAGCAUCCUGGCGGCGCGCUCAAGCCGACGACGCAAGCGAACGGCGUGUGCCACUUGGUCUGCGCGCGCUGGCUGCCCGAGCUCAAGCAGGUGGCGUCCGAGACUCACCCGAGUACGAUCGUCGUCGAUACCAAGCUUCUCUACGCGACGCGCCACAAUCUCAAGUGCUUUCUCUGCAACAAGCGUGGCGGCUGCAUGCAGUGCUCGAGCAAGCGCUGCCCAAAGUCGUUCCAUGCGCUCUGCGCCGUGCGCGCGCCGGCAAGUAAGGUCUUUACCGGUCUCAACGACGAGCAGCAGCCCGUGUGCCACUGCGAAACACACCUCGGCGAUGUCCAGCCGACGUUCACGCUCGUCAAAGACUUGCACUAUGCCAACCCAUAUGUUGGCGACAAGAUGUACGAGCCAGAUGCGCCGCUCGACGUGCUUGAGGCAACGACGGCGGCCACCGACACGCCCGCGACGCUCGUGUCUGCCGCGGCGCUCAUGCCCUUUUUCAACAUGCCCAUGAGCGCACCGCCGGCCAAGAAGGUCGGGCGGCCCCGCAAAGACGACUACUCGCCCAAGCCCAAGCCGAGUCCCGUGCAAAUGACCAUGUCGAUGCCACAGGGCAUGCCUCGACUGCCGCCGGCGCCGCCAGGGCUUGGGAUGCUGCCGACGUCGCGACCUGCGCCACCCCCACCGGGGCUAGGCAUGCUCCCGCCGCGUCCACAGAUCAUGACGGAUGUCAUCCCGUGCCCACUCUGCAAGGAAGUCGUGUUGCGGACGAAUUUCGCGCAGCACAUGACGACGACCUGCAAGAAACAAGUCGUGUCGUCGGCGCCGAAACCACCACCAACAAAAGGCAAGGCCGGAAAGGCCAUGCCAUCGACGACACCGACGCCAACGUCGACGACACCGACGGCGGGCAAGGCGACACCGACGGCGGGCAAGGCGACGCCGAUGAGCAAAGCGGCCAAAGCCGCCGAUGGUCCCAAGAAGGCCCGUGGCCGUCCACCCAAGAAGAAGCCCGAGCUGUCGAUCGCCAUGCCGCUCGAGCCGAGUCGAUUGUCAAUGUCGACGCCGAUGUCGACGCCACCGACGCCGUUGCCGUCGUCGACGACGACGCAUGUGCCCAUGGUCAUCAAGAAGCAUGCAACGACGUCGUUGUUUCCGCUGCCACCAGGCCAAGCACCGAUCGAUCCGGUGGGCGACCUUGCGAUUGCGUCGCUGCAUGCGACGAUGCCGUCGGACAACCUCUUCAUGACGUGGCCCGGCCAGCAGUUUGGUCACUUGAUGCAGUCGGCGUUCUUUUGGGACCAAGUGUCGGUCGCUUUCUUCUCCAAGUAUCCCAUGCAGAAGAAGCGCCUUGAGCCGCUCGCGCACUGGCUCACAGGCGCCAAGCCCGACGGCAUUGAAAAACCGCGGGGCGCGUACGACAAGCCGCGGUGCGCCGACACGGUCGUCGUCACGUCCUCGGAGGACUGGAUGGUGCAGACCGGCAUGAAGCACACGUGCGACUACAUGCUGCUCGCGAGCGGCGCGCAGUGUGCUUUCGACCAAGAGGUGCAUCCGUUUCUGCAUGUUCACUCGGUGACGCCGUCGCCUGCGAGCGACGGCACGUCGCGCAUCGCCGUCAACCUCGUCGUUCACUCGACGGCGGUCCGGUGCACCUUUGCGCUCUCCAACACCGAGCCGCCGGCCGAUGCGGACGUGGCGUGGACGCGCUUCAAGCCCGACGCGUUCCACGAUCUCUUGACGAACGCGACGCCGGCGUAUCCUCGGGGCACCAAACUGUGGGUGGCGCUCCUCGGGCUCGAACCGCUCACGAACGUGCUCAUCAAGCAGCAGUACGGCGCGAGUGCGGCGUUUACAGGCACUCAAGUGCAGGACGACAUGACGCUCGAGAUGCAGUUGUGCGUCGACUUGCUCAACGAACAGAUGAAGACCAAUCGCGUCCGGUGGCGGUCGCUCUGGGCCAAAGGCACGCAGUACAUGCAGGCCCAAGAGGCCCAGUUGACGACCCAGUCGCACGUGGAGCGGCUCUACCUCGAAUAUGCGUGGUGGAAAGCGGUGUGUCUCUGCCUCAUCAAGGGCACGAACGAUUUGCCAAUCGUGCCCGAGACCGACCGCCUCCAGCCGUUUGAAGACGGCACGUGCGUCAUCUGCUUUGACGGCAUCUCGGAAGACGCCAACCCGAUCAUCUUUUGCGAAGCCUGCGACAUUGCCGUGCACCAGCGCUGCUACGGCGUGGCCGAAAUCCCCAAAACCGACUUUUACUGCGACAAGUGCAUUGCCUUGCGCAAAGUCCCGUCGGCGCUCGUGUUUUGCCAGCUCUGCCCGAUGCGUGACGGCGCUCUCAAGAUGACCAAAGAAGGGCUCUGGGUCCAUGUGGCCUGUGCGCUCUGGAGCCCCAACACGCAGCUCGUCCACAUCCCGCGCAUGCUGAUCCAGCUCACGAUGCAGCCUCUGGUGCGGUUCGCCACGUUUGACACGGCGACGGCCAUGACGUCGCCACUGGCGGACGUCGCCGACCUUCCGCCGCCGCUUCUAUCCGGUGGUCUCUGCACGAUCUGCCGCGUCGCGACCGGACGUACGGUCCGCUGUCGCCACCCCGACUGCGAUACGUCGAUGCACGCGCUCUGCGCUUGGUACGCCGGCUUGCACAUGCACGCGUCUGUCGCAGCCUGCGGCUUUGUCCACGUUGGCGGCGGCCAAGGCCUUGUCUUCAACGUCUUCUGCGAUGCCCACCAGCCAUCGUCGCUUGCAUGCAGUGACCGGUCGCUACAGCGCGACGCGCGCGCUGCACUUCGGCUCGUCGAAGCCACCAAGCGGCAGCAGUUGCGGCUCCUCGCAAGCGACGAAGAUGCGACGUGCGCGGUCUGCAACAAGAAAAAGACCCACGAGUUGUCGUCGCCGUUGUCUGUGCUGUUGCGCUGCCGCCUCUGUAGCGUCGUUGUGCACCCGAGCUGCGUCGCCCCAGAGCUCUCGAUCGACACGAUUGCCAACGACUGGGCAUGCGAAAAGUGCGCCGUCGAUCCCACCGCCGCGUCGGCGCCCUGUGUUCUCUGCGACCGCGUCGGCGACUACAUGCUUCCGGUGCGCCCACUGGCGUCGACGGGUGCCGCUCUGCACUUUGGUUUUGUGCAUUUGUAUUGCGCCAGCGUGUUUGGCAGUCGCAUCGUGACGGAUCCGGCGACGGGGACGCGACAUGCGCUGCCACUGCCGUUGCUCGAGCCGCCAACGACCAAGUGUUGUUCGCUGUGCCAGCAGCGUUCGGGCCGUCUCGUGAGCUGCUGCAAGAAGCAGUGUCUUGCCACGUUCCACCCGUACUGCCACCGCGAAGCGCGCUUGUACAACUACACGCCCGGCAACAAGACAGAGCGUGCGUACUGUUGCACGGCGCACCCGCCGAGCUUUGCGAUCUUUGACGAGGCCAAAGGGCUUUGGAUCACCAAGCAAGAGAUCAUGGCGCUACAGCAGAUCCGGUGCACGUACGAGCGGACGCGGAUGUUUAUCGACUUGACCAAGCAGCGCGAGAAGACGAAGAAGCGCCUCUUCCUCCAUGUGGAGGCCGCCGCCUUUGAAAAAGCCAAGGACGUGGUCGCGGUUGUCAAGCCUACCCGCACGAUGAAGACGUUUUACGCCUCUGUCACGGGUGACGAUGACCUCCGGGACGUGACCCGGCGCAAGCCAAAGGAGGUGGUUGCGGCGGCAACACCGAGCAAGCCGCCGCAACGGGGCAAAAAGCGCGGCUCUGAGACACGCCAAGAGCUCUGGCUCAAGAAGCUCGGCGCCACCGACGAGUCGAUUGUCGCGAAGCGGCCGCGCCGCCGCAGUGUCGACGACGACGACGCGAACGACGAGACGACGAUGCGCCAGCAAGACGACGAUGCUGUCAACGAGGGUACACCAAGCCACACAAAAGAGCACGACACGGUCGCAACGUGGUGGCACCGCGCGCUCGAGGCUCUGCCACCGCAAGAGGAUCUGGACGACGUCAUGGCCACGCUGGUCGACGACGUCUAG